AAACGUAACAAAACUUUCACAGCAAAAGACAUGUCAACAAUAUUGAAAUUAGAAUAAGCUAAGAUUUAGUGAAGAUUAAAUUCCAAUUCUAUAAAAACAUUGAAACUUUGCGUUUAAGCAUUUUCUUUUAUUUAAUACAUCGCGAUUUGGAGUAGAUUUUUUUCAAGUUGUGUAUAGGAAGAUUCAGCGUACAGAAUGCUUGGUUGUGUAGAAAAUUGUGGUCAUUUUGGCCCACCUCCAGAUACUAUUUUAUCUAUGCCUCCUCCACCAUUGCCAUCAUUUCUUAUCCCAAAUACCGCUGUCAUCGCCUUACCCCCAAAUGAUACCCAUCCAUGUUUUGCAGCAUUCCUCUGUGAACCAAAUCCACGUCCAAGAGAGAGUGGAUUAGAAUUUAUCGAACUAACUGGAAGAAAUCAUAUGGAGAACACCUGGGUCUUUGUUUUAAUAAGUUCAUGUGUUGGAGUUCUUAUUCUGGGUGCACUAUUUGCCAUCAUUUUGCUUAAGUGUCGGGAGACACUAUUUUCGAGCUGCAAUUUAUCGUAUCAUGAUUCCAACAUAAAGCAGACCACAAUGUCUGCUCUGGGUGAGCCUUCAAAGGCAAAUCCUUUCAUGGCAGGAGGCAUAUUAUAUCCAUGUGCAACAAAUCGUGAUUCAUUGCAACACCAGCUUACCAACGAUAAUAGGCUCCUUUGGGCUACUCUGACUCCACAUGGUACAAGGCAUUUUGUGUCUGAUUAUCCUCUGGGUCACGAUGGUCAUUAUGAAGUUGUUGAUUAUCGUGCCAAGGAUCCGGUUCCGGCACGUGACUACGUCAAACGGACUCCAAUCAAAUCAUUCGACAAUAGCGGUUUCAUCGAUUAUGACUACGAAGAUCCAACUCCCUUAAUGGAUUCCUAUCACGAUGAUUUAGAUUCAGGCUAUCAAGAACCACAAGAAGUUUUGGGCACCCUUUCGCGCAGUUCACCACGACCACUUGUAUCAUCGCCAACCAAAAUUGAAAAUCCAAAUAUCCCACCUUUGAAUAUUUACCCCCAUCGCUCCAAUACUUCGCAUUCGGGGACCUUGAAUCGAAAGGCAACUUUGAGCCGGCGCAUUAGUGAUGCUUCAUCGUAUGGAGGUCCAAAUAUGUAAGUCGACAAUCGAAACACGAAAACCACACACGAAGAUUAAGAUACAGAUCUAAAUCGCUCAUACAUGAUGGUUAUGUGGGUAUAGAGUAUUUAUAAUUAUAAUUUAUUUCCAUCCUUAAUUUUUAUAUAAUAAAUUUAGAAGUUAAGAUUAUAACGUAAAGGCACACAUUUUACCUAAUUUUAUAAGGUACUCGAGGUACUUACAAUUUCACCUAAACUUAUAGUUUGAUAAUGUUUUUAAAUAACCUGCAAAUACACUCUUAGCAACUUUUACAUUGAGAACGUAGUGCCUAUUUCACAGUACUUUGUGUUAACUCACCGAAAUAAGUGGUACCUUAUUUUCGGCUUUAGAAUGUAUUCCUUUGAAAAAGUACAUGGGUUUGAUUCAUUUGGGUUCAAUGUAAUAUAGGUGGCAAAUAAAUUAUAUUUUUAUAAAGUAUUUGAUGUCUUAGUCAGGGCUUUGAGAUGUUACCUUUCAUAAUUUGUAAAAAAACUUAUUUGAGGCUUUUUGAGGCCAUUAAAUUCAUGAAGUAGUUUUUUUUAUUAAAUUCCUGAUAAUUUUCCUAAUCUACAAUCUCUUACUUUAAUGUUCCUUUUAAAAUUUUUUAGUGUCUUACUUAGUUGUAAGUCUUCACCUUCUAUACAUACAUUAAAAUACCGCUUAAAUAUUUAUGUCUGAAAAGAAAAACCGAAAAAAGGUAUAAAAACCGUUUUUGAUCUUAUUACGAAUUCGUCUUGAAGUUAUAACAUCAAAAAAUAAAAUCGUAGUUUGGAUUCGGAAUCAGCACUAAAAAGAGUUUAGGACUACUUAAUUCUUUAAAAAAAUAUUGUUUUGCAUGCAUGACAUAAUCAAAACUUAAUUUUGUUGACAAGCAAAGUUAUAUUUAUUAUGUUUGGAUUUUAAAACAUUUUCAUAGGUAUUUAAUUCCACAGUUAACAUGCAAGCCACUUAUAAGGCUAAGAGGAAGUAAAGUUGCGUGUUUUGUUUUACUACAGUGAAAGACAUACAAGAAACAUAAAGUAAUCGACAUUAUUUGUGCGUCGAAUAUCGACUAGAUACAGAAUUAGCCUCUUAUUAAUUGUUUUUUUUUUUUUAAUCUACUAAUGAGUUUUUCUAAGGUCUCAAAUACUUCCAGGUACGACUUAACGUUUUGAACCUUCUACUUUUUGUGUAAUUUGCUUAACAGCUAAAUUAAAUCCCCAAAUAUUUUGCUAGUCAAUGAUUUAAGCAUUUUGCUUCUUAGAAGUAUUUUUUAAGCAUUAAAUCAAAAUAAGUUGUCGAUUUUUGGAACUAUAUUCAACGUUAAAUCAGACCCAGUGAGUUGCGGUAGAU